AUGGAUCCUACUCCUGGCCCACUGCUACAGCUGGGAACGUCCGCCGCAACGUCUAGCAUGGCAGGUACGGCCGAUGACGGAGAGUUGAUGAACCGUAUGAACAUGAUCGAGUCUCAGCUUCCGUUACUGAAAGAGCGGGCGAUGCAACUGGAGCGCAAGUAUCUCCGCGCGCAUGACGCAUGCGCGCGAUAUGAAGCUGCUGCUGCACAGGCAGUGAGUACCGCGCAAGAGGCGCUAAAGCGGUCGCAGUUCUUCGAGGACGGGCUCACACAGUACCGGCAGCUCAUAGAUAGCCGCCUGCGUACAGUGGACUCGCGACUCGCCACAAUCGAUCAGCGGCUCGCCACUAUCGACGACCGCCUCAGCUAUCUGGAGUUUGAGUCUGAUCAUUCUCGAUCAAGGUCCGUGUCCGCGUUGGGUGAAGAACUGGCUUCGGCUCGAGUCCACUCAUCCUCAUCUAGCGCAUCUGGCAACGAGGGGAACAUGAAUGUAGACGUAAAAGAGGGCGAGACAACGCCACAGCAGAAGGGAACAAAGCGUGCUCGGGAGUUGUAG